AUGAAAGUAAUCAUCACGUGUUGUUUAAUUUUUGGCGUUGCACAAGCAACGUUGCCGAUGUUGCCGAUGAUCCCCGGUUUUUCAGGCGGUGAAGGCGGUCCAAUUGGGACUGAAAUAUUUAGUUCAAUUGGCCAAUCAAUUCAAUCACUACUACGGCUUGGACAAGACAACUUCGGUGGCUCCACUGAUGGAGAAGUCAUAGAUGGAACAGGUACGGGUAUUCCAGGAUAUGAUAAUUCAGCAUCAUCAGGCUCAUCAUUUUCGACAUCAUCGAGUGGAUCAGGCGGUGCAUACAAUUACAACCCUGCACCCCCACAACCACAUUACGGUGCACCACCUCAAGCUCAUGCACAAUACAGCGCCCCAGCCCCUCCCCAGCCACAAUAUGGUGCACCACAUCGGGUACAUGCACAAUACAGCGCCCCAGCACCUCCACAACAACAAUAUGGUGCACCACAUCAUUCACAUGGCCAAUACAGUGGAAUACCAGCUCCACCAGUAAACCCACAACCACAUUACGGACCAGCAAAUUAUGCACAUGGUCAAUACAGCGCACCAGCUCCUUCAAAUACUUAUGGUGCACCUAACAGUGGAUUCACUGGAGGAAUAUCUGGACAUGGUUCCAGUGCAGAGUCAGGUGGAUCUGAAUCAGCUGAAACAGAAUCAGGUGGAAGUGGAUUCGAUCUUGGAGGCGUAUUUAGAUUUAAGUCUGGUCUUCUUUCAAGUGCCCAAAGUGGCAUCGUUGGUGGUGUCAAUUCACAUUUUGAAGGAAAAACAAAUGCACUUAGUACACUAGAAACCUUCCUGUCCGGAUUCGGCGGAGGUGGCAGCAGCAGUGAGGGAAAUACAGACUCAUAUUCAAACUCAGGUUCAGCUGGCUCAAGCUCAUCUGGAAGUAGUUUUGGAGGCUACGCAUAAAGAAACUUUUAUUAAGAAUAAUUUAAGAGAACCACAAAGAUUUUCACACGUAAUCAAAUUAGAA